AUGACCUCGCUUGGCUUCCUUCGACUCCGUCCUCUGCAUCAAAAAACCAUCACUGUCAUCAGCUGCUAUUCUCCAACAUUAGCGGUUGAUGAUUCUGAACUUGAUGCCUUUUAUGAGGAUUUGGAGGAAGUCAUCCGCAUAGAGUCCUUCUAUAAUUUCGUCGUAGGUGACUUCAAUGCGAAAAUCGAGAUACCAGAAGAAGGGAGCAUAGGAUCGAAAUUUUCAGGACUCGGGAAUGAGAAUGGAGAGGAGAGCACCGAAGCUGGAGCCGGCUGCAUUACACCUCGAGCGACUGGUAGCCACCAUCAGUUGCAGAAUAACUUUGCAAGAAGAUCUUCGAAGGAACAGUCGAUACUUUUCAAAGCAGCACAAGGAAGGAAGUCUAAAGAGAUCAUAAAGGCGGCUCCGGGACCGGACCACGUUUCGGCCGACCUCUUGAGGACAUCGCCUACACGAGAUGCUUGCGGCACACCUAACGUCUUACCUUCAAAAGGAAGGAACCCCGAGGUGUAG